UUUGAUCCACAGAAAGAACAUGAUUUUGGGGCAUUCUAGAGAUCUUUUCCGAUUCAGAAUUGAAGCUCUGAAUCUUCUCAUUCUUUUUCUAAAAUAACCUAAAAAGAGUGUUUCAUGAUGAGAAGAACGGUCGUAUCACGCUUGCUGCAAUCGCAUUCCGCUCCAUUUCGGUUCUAUUCAAUUACUGCAUCCAGAAACGGGAGAUUAUUUUUCUCAACAGGAUCAGAGAAUAUAAAUGGACCUGGCAAAGUUGAAGAAGCAGAGACGGUGGAAAUCCCCACCCCGAAACUUGAAAAGUUACUUGUUUUGGGUGGAAAUGGAUUUGUGGGAUCACAUGUUUGCAUGGAAGCUGUUAAGCGUGGUUUACCUGUCGCUAGCCUUAGCAGGUCUGGAAGGCCACCUGCCUACGAACAUUGGGUGAAUAACGUGAGCUGGAUUCAAGGAAAUAUUCUUUCUGGCGAGUCAUUGAAGAAUGCACUGGAAGGAGUGACCUCUGUGAUAUCAUGUGUUGGAGGGUUUGGUUCAAACUCGGAUAUGUAUAAGAUCAAUGGGACUGCAAACAUAAACGCCAUUAGAGCUGCUGCUGAACAAGGUGUAAAAAGAUUUGUUUAUAUCUCAGCUGCCGACUUUGGUUUGGCAAAUUACCUCUUACAAGGAUAUUACGAUGGAAAGAAAGCAGCUGAAACUGAGCUAAUGAUUAGAUAUCCAUAUGGAGGAGUCAUUCUUCGGCCUGGUUUUAUUCAUGGAACACGUCAAGUUGGAGGCUUCAAGUUACCGCUAAGCGUCUUGGGCUCUCCUCUUGAGAUGAUUCUGCAAAAAGCAAAGCCGCUGAACCAGUUACCGAUAGUUGGUCCUUUGUUUACACCUCCAGUUAAUGUGAAUUCUGUCGCAAGAGUUGCUGUAAGAGCUGCAAGUGAUCCCAUUUUCCCUCCAGGCAUAAUCGAUGUUCACAGUAUACUGCGAUAUAGCCAACAGAAGUCGGCUUAUUAGUUAGUUUUUCUCAUUUCAGAAUUGGAGCCUCCUGAAUAAAGAUUUGAUUUAUCCGUAUUCAUUUAUAGAAUAAUGUAUUAACUUGAUUUAUGCAGCGCUUUGACGUUCAAAAAAUUAUGUUUCUUUCGUGAAAAAUGUUUGUUUCUUUCUC